CCGCCGCGCUCAUGGUGGACCCGACGCACGAGUACAACCACGACACGUGCCCCGCGUGCGCCGGCCACGGCCAGGUCGCGACGAGCGACGGCUUCGCCGCGUGCGCGUCGUGCAGCGGCAGAGGCGCGUGGGCCCCGCCCGCGUCGUGCUGCGCCGCGCACGACAAGGGCGGUAAUAAAGGAGGAUGCGAGACCGGGCACGGCGCGAGCGACGCGAAGCCCAAGCCGCGGCUGCGGUCGCACGGCGCGUUACCCGCGGCGAACAUGCGCGAGCUCCUGACGCGCGUCGACCUGGAGGACGAGGACGGGAACCUUCUCGACGCGGCGAGCGCGUUCGAGGGGAAAGUCGUCGCGCUCUACUUCUCGUCCGCGACGUGCCCGGCGUGCGCGAGCUUCACGCCGAAGCUCGCGCGGCUCGCGACGGAUCACGCGCGCGACCUCGUCGUCGUGUACGUCGGCGGCGAUCGCACGGAGGCGCAGGCGGAGGGGCCGCACACGCGGGGGCGCGGGUUCCUGCGCGUGCCGUGGCGAUCGGUGCAUCGCGAGGUGUUGCUUCAAUCCUACCGCGUGUUCGCGAUACCGCAGGUGGUGGUCUAUCACCCCGUGCGGCAGAAGACGGUGACGACGUGGGGGCACACCGCGAUCAGCGUGAACCCGGGGAAGUGCGUCAGCGCGUGGAAGAGAGGAGAGACCGGUUACUCGUUGCUGGAGAUGCUCACGCCGAGCUCGUGUUCCGGCGCGUACGACGGCGUGCCCAGCGUCGUCUCCUCGCAGUCGACCGGAUACGCGAAGUGAUAUACUUUAACAUAUGAUACUAUGAUAUAUGUUAUACUAUAUGAUAUAUGUUA